AUGACGUGGCUAUCUGACCUAGGGAACAGAGUAGGAACUGGAAUUGGAAUCAAAAGGGGAAAUACCCAGAAAAAUGCAUUCACACCAUUAGAUAAGAAUCCAAAUCUAGGUAUUCUAGCAUUUGAAACAGCUAGAACUAUGUCAAGGCUAUUAUCAAUAUAUAAGUCUCUUACAGAUGAAGAAGUUUUGAAACUACGUAAAGAUUUAAUGAGAUCAGAAGGGAUAUUAUAUUUGAAUUCACGUGAUGAAAGUUAUCUUUUUAAAUUAGCUUGUGCUGAAAGAAUCGAAGAUCUUGAUCGAGUUGUUAUUGCGAUAUCGAGAUUAGGUAAAAAGUGUUAUGAUCCCGGUUUAACUAAGUUUGAUUAUGUCUAUGCUGAUUUGAAAUUUGGGCAGAUUGAUUUAGCAACCAAGCGGAAAAUGAAUCAAUGGAAGAAUCAGAGUACUGCGCUUUCUUCGAAGUCGAAUACGGUUAUUUUCGAUCAGAAGUUGUCUUGGCAAAGACAACAAGUUAGGCAUUUGAGAGAUGUUUCUUUGUGGAAUCAAAUAUUUGAUAAAAUCGUUGGACUAAUGGAGAGAAUUGUUUGUAUUGUUUAUGCAAGGAUAUGUGUGGUUUUUGGGCCGUAUCAUUCUAUUCUUCCAGCAGUUGCAAAAGGUAAACAUAAUAGAGGUUAUUCGCAACCUAUAGCUGAAUAUGAUCAUAAAGAACAACAAGUGAUGAUAUCGAAAUCAGGUCCGAUAUUAAAACCUAUAUCAAAACAUGGCUUAGUAAGGUUUUGGAGUAGAGAAUCGAAACCGGCACGAGAUGAAAAUAUUGGAUUCGGAAUGGGGUUUAAAGAGAAUCCAUAUAUUGGGUUUUCAGGAAUUGGAAAGCCGGGUACUAACUUAAUGCAACAAGCUUCAUCGUCUACGGUCGGAGGUUCUGGAUUGGCAAUGAGAUAUGCAAAUGUCAUAAUACUAAUGGAAAGAUAUUUGAAUUCUCCAUCUUCAAUAAGUGAAUAUGCAAGAAAAGAUUUAUAA